AUGCACUACCUAACGACCCUCCUCCCCCUCACCCUCCCCAUCCUCUCCGCAGCAUCUCCCCUCCGCCCCCAUGAAACAGAACUCACCCCCCUCCCGCUAGUUAUCUGGCACGGCCUCGGCGACGACUUCCAGCGCGACGGCAUGAAAGAAGUCGCCGCGCUCGCCGAGUCCACAAACCCCGGAACCUACGUCCACCUCAUCCACCUCGGCGACACCGCCAGCGCCGACCGCCAGGCCACCUUCCUCGGCAACCUCACCGAGCAAAUCGCGCUCGUCUGCGACCAGCUGCGCGCGGAUCCAAUCCUCUCCACUGCUCCCGCCGUCAACGCAUUGGGCUUCUCGCAAGGCGGGCAGUUCCUGCGCGGGUACGUCGAGCGGUGCAACGACCCACCCGUCCGCAACCUCGUCACCUUCGGCAGCCAGCACAACGGGAUCGCCGAGUUCCAAGAGUGCGCGUGGAGCGACUGGAUCUGCCGAGGGGCGGAGGCACUGCUGCGCGCGGGCCGGUGGUCGAGCCUCGCGCAGUCGCGGUUCGUGCCGGCUCAGUACUUCCGCGAUCCGGAGGAGCUGGACGCGUACCUCGAGCAUAGCAAUUUCCUUGCAGACAUAAACAACGAGCGCGUGCUGAAGAAUGAGAGGUAUGCGGAGAACCUGGCGAAGUUGAAUCGCUUUGCGAUGUAUAUGUUUGAGGAUGAUACCAUGGUGAAUCCGAAGGAGAGUGCGUGGUUUGCGGAGGUGAAUAGGACGACUGGCGAGGUGACGCCGCUUAAGGAGAGGCGGUUGUAUAAGGAGGAUUGGCUGGGGUUGAAAGCGCUUGAUGAACAGGGGAAGCUGGACUUUAGGACUGUUCCGGGCGGUCAUAUGCAGCUAGCUGAGGAGACCCUGGAGAAGGUCUUCAAGGAGUAUUUUGGGCCGGUCGAGGUGGAGCUUCCUCCGGAUAAUACUCUUCUCAAGCAGACUGGCUUGUAG